AUGAGCUUUCACCUCCCGCGGGCGCUUCAAGUCGCUUUAGCAGUCCGCGCGCUCAGCCUGGCUCUUCCCCACACGUUCUUUCAACCUGACGAGUUCUACCAAGCUUUUGAGCCAGCUCAUGAUUACGUCUUUGGUCACGGUCAUCUGACCUGGGAAUGGCAAGACCUCCCACUCCGGCCAGGUCUCCCACAAACUUGGUGGACGCAGACAGUGGUGGGUGGGCGGCUGCGGGGUUGGAUUUGGCCUGGAGUCUUCGUAUUGGUUUACAAGUUUGUCCAAGUACUUGGACUUGACUCGAGCGACGCAAUCGUGAUCGCUCCUAGGGUUGUUGGGUUCCUUCUUGCCGCCUUUACCGACUACUACACGAGUCUCUUAGCUGCCAAGAUUCUUGGGCGAGGCUAUGCCUCCGGAGCACUUUUCCUAUCCCUAACAUCACUCUUCAACGCGCACCUUCUCCCGCGUGCUCUCUCGACCUCUCCAGAAACUCUCCUCACAACAAUGGCGCUGUACUAUUACCCGCUUCCGUCUUUCAGCGGAACAGUCCCUCUUUCACCCUCAUCGGCACCUACGUCCACCUCAGGGCCCGGCGAAAAGCCGCUGUCGCAAGCAGCAACUGAGGACGGCAACGAAAGUCCUACAUGUGGGAUGAUGGACAAGGUGGAGGGGCGCGAUACUGGCACCUACUCGGACAACGUCCUCCUCGCUGCUUCCCUUGCCGCGUUGUCGCUCUGCAUUAGGCCGACAAUGCUGGUGUUUUGGGCGUACCUGCAUCUUGAGACAACGGUCCUCUGCUGGGUCAACCAAGGGCCAGCGGCGACAGCGACUCUCACUGCCAAGACCUUGCUUGGGGGACUGACUGUCUUGGGGUUGUCAACGGCAUUAGACUGGGCAAUGGUUGGAAGGCUCAUUGUUCCCACUCUCACAUUCUUUUAUCAGAACGUCGUCCUCAAUAUCGCGUCGUUCUAUGGUGGGACAGGCUUGCUGUAUCACGUCGUGCAAUCACUCCCUCUACUUCUCCUUCCAGUCUGGUUUUGGUGGGGCCAAGGGUUCCUCGCGGCGCUACUUCCUCAAUCUGUACGACCGCAGUCGCUCAACAGUCUGGAUAUCACCCCAGCAUUGCGCACACUGAGUCGGACAAUCGUGGUCACCAUUGCUGCCUUGUCGUUCUCGCCUCAUUCGGAGUGGCGCUUUCUACAUCCCCUGCUCCCACAACUACUGCUGUUCGCCGUCCCGGCACUUCAAGUCCACUAUUCUCCAACCCAAGUGGGCUUCAACAGCAUCUCGACGUCCAUCCGACAGUACUGUCGCCUUCCCGUGCGACCGUUCUACCUCAUCCUCUUGACCCCGAUCAUUCCCUACCUCUAUCUCAACGGUUUCCAUGGUGCCGCCCAGGUCGAUGUCAUGAAUGGCCUCCGGAACGGCAACUUCGGUACCGUCACAUCUGUGGUAGUACUGAUGCCGUGCCAUUCGACACCAUGGUCAAGUCACCUGGGGAGCAUACCCGGAUGGUUCCUUACCUGCGCACCCCCACUUGGCAAACAGAGCACGAGCAAGCACUGGACCCAGCAAGAUCUCUUCUACGAAUCGCCUGUCACCUACAUACAGCAUGUCUUCCCGCGGCCUCCCCUCAAGCUCAGCGAAGUCUCUGCCAGCGUUACCUCCAGCGAUGAGCAUCUGCCGUCGCACGUCCUUCUGUUCGGCGAGUUGCUGGAGAGACGGGACACCCUUGGGAACCUGUCUCUGUCAGUGGAGCAAGCAUUGGUAGGUAGAGGCUAUCACGAGGCGGCGAACCUCUGGAACGGCUUCGAUUUCGCCCAGGAUGAGGAGAUGCGGCAAGGCGGUGUACGGGUCUGGAUUCAUGGGGAGUCGCAAGUCGCCAGGAUAGAUGAUAUAUGUCUCCCCUAG